AUGGCCGAUGCCUUGAGAAGACUGGUGAACAUAUCUUCCUUCAGCCAUUUACAAGACAAACUUGAGAGCUGGCACAAAGACUAUCAUGUAAUUUCCUGUGACCAAAAUCUGAACAAAUGUUGUGAGUUGAUUGAGCUCACUGCCAAGAUUCAGGGCCAACUGUUCACCAUCCUCAACUACACUGCUACCGAAGGUGGACACUAUGCCGGGGUGGACACCCUGAAAACACGCCUGCUACCAUGGCUGGGAACCUGCUUCUCCAUGGCAAAGCCCUCUGUCAAUGAUGACACUAGUCUACAACUCAUUCAGGAGUCAGUGGAGAAGGAUAGGAAGAUCAGGGAGCUCUCUGCCUCCCAUGACAGUGAUAUACAGAAGAUGGAGACUCAGCUGUGCGCCACUCGCUUGCAGCUGGACUCCGUCAAAGCAGAACUGGCUGAUGCAAAGAUAGAACUGGAUGAGACAAAGAACAAGUCAGCAACCUCUCUCUUGGCUACAGAAGAUGAAAUUUUACAACUGAGAGCAGAUUUGCAUGCUGCACAUGAGAUGGUGGAUAUUUAUAAGAGGAAACUUGAUGUAAUUGAUGACUAUGAGCAGCAGAUUCGCUUGCUGAGAGAGGAGGUGUCUUAUCUGACCACAGAAAAGGCAAUGCUGCAGGAGAGGUUGGUGAGAAGUUGUUCUCCGAGCCCUGUGCUGAGGCGCAGCCGCACUUCCAGCCCCCUGAGGAGUGAGUCCCCAACUAGAGCGCAGCUCACCAACUCCUCCCGCUACGCACGCCUUGUGUCCCGCUUCAGUGACCUGUAUGCUGUAGACCGUCUGGAGGCCCAGAGCCUUCUGCGACGCUACAUCGAUGACCUAGAGAUGGUCCAGAAAAUCAUCUUCAUUUCUGUUGUGGAAUCCUUCCAGGUGGCAAAGCUAGCUUACCGUCAAUUCAAGCUUCGUGUGAGGAAGACGUUGUCACCAUCCCACAUGGGACCGGAGAGCCUGGAGGAUGCAGCAGUAGACUACAUUGUCAGAAACCUGGAUCUCUAUGAUGUGCAGGCCAGUGUCAAUGAUGUGAUCAAUGCCAUGAAUGUCAACCCAUGGAUCUCCUUCCCACCGGAGGUGGACUUUGUCCUCAUCAGUACCUUGAUCAGGGAGACAUGCAAAGUGGCCUUUGCCAUGCAGACACUGGACCUCACUCUGGAUUUGGCAUUUGCCAGUGAAGGAGAACUCUACAAUGAUAGCAAGUAUCGGCGUAGCUAUGAAUCUGAGUUUACUGCACCUCUGGUGGCGUAUCACGUGUGGCCAGCCCUGAUAGAGGGGGACGCUGUGAUAGUGAAGGGAGAGGCUGUGACCAGGAGGGGUGCUCUGUGGAGAAGUAGAACCAGGAGCCGGAGUGCCAGCCCCGUGCGUUCUCACUCCGUCAGCCCAACACGCACUCUUGCAUUUAGCAGCUGCAGAAGCCUCUCUCCAGGACGCCUUACAGCUAGCCGACUGUAA